AUGGGUUCCACGAAGUACGAAAGACAGGCCCUCUACAUUGGUGGCAAGCGCCAUGAGACCAACAACACAUUCCAGAGCAUAGAUCCCUCAACAGACGAGGUCAUUGCAGAGAUAUGCACAGCAGACAAGGCAGCAAUAGAUGCUGCAGUCAAGUCUGCCAAGGAUGCCUUUGGAAAAUGGUCCUCAAUGUCUGCCAUGAAACGAUCUCGAAUUCUGCUUCGGGCAGUUGCCAUACUCCGGCAACGUAAUGACGAACUGGCCAAAAUUGAGACUCAUGACACUGGCAAGGCAUUCUCCGAAACGAGCACCGUGGAUGUGGUCACUGGAGCGGAUGUUCUGGAGUACUAUGCGAAUCACAUAGCCGCUGGCGGACUCAACGGCGAGACGACACAACUUCGACCAGAUGCGUGGAUGUACACUACGAAAGCACCACUUGGGGUAUGUGCUGGAAUUGGAGCAUGGAACUACCCGAUUCAAAUCGCACUCUGGAAGUCGGCGCCAUGUCUCGCGGCUGGAAACUGUAUGGUGUACAAGCCAUCGGAGUUCACUCCUCUGCAUGCAUUGAAAUUGGCUGAGGUCUACACAGAGGCUGGUGUACCACCCGGCGUGUUCAAUGUUGUUCAAGGCACUGGUGACGUUGGUGCUAUGCUUACUGGCCACCCAGGCAUUGCCAAGGUAUCUUUUACUGGACAAGUCUCGACAGGCACCAAGGUUGCAGGUACAGCCGCUGGCGGCAUGAAGUAUGUGACAAUGGAGCUCGGUGGCAAAUCGCCGUGCGUAAUCCUUCCGGAUGCCAAUCUCGACAACGCCGUGGAUGGCGCUAUGAUGGCCAACUUCUUCUCGACAGGCCAGGUCUGCACGAACGGCACUCGUGUCUUCGUGCCCAAGUCUAUGCAGUCUGCAUUCGAGGCCAACCUACUGGAGAAGAUGAAGUACAUCCGAGCUGGCGAUCUAUUUGACCCAAACACCAACUUCGGUCCACUCGUCAGCAAAGUGCACUACGAAAAGGUCAACAAGUACAUCAAGCACGGCAUCGAAACCGACAAGGCCAAGCUGAUCGCAGGCGGUCCUGGCCAGCCAGAUCUACAGGGUGCAUCGAAGAAUGGCUACUGGGUUAGGCCAACUGUCUUCACAGACUGCACAGACAAGAUGUUGAUUACGGUUGAUGAGAUUUUCGGUCCAGUCAUGUGCAUCCUUCCAUACGAUGACAGCGAGGCAAACUGGCUCGACAACCUCAUCUCACGAGCAAACAACACGCAGAUGGGCCUGGCUGCUGGAGUCUUCACCUCGAACAUCGACUUUGGACACAAGGUUGUAGCGCGGAUCGAAGCCGGAAUCACAUGGGUCAACACUUGGGGUGAAUCACCGGCGGAGAUGCCGGUGGGCGGCUGGAAGAUGAGUGGACUGGGUACGGAGAAUGGAAGAAGAAGUCUUGACAACUGGGUGCAGAACAAGAGCACCCUGGUAGAGAUGGGAGGCAGCGUUGCGACCGCUUUUGCAAAGCUGUAG